CAUAAAAAGCCAUUUUGUUAUGCUAGCUAGCUAUAUGCUAGAGAAAGGCACCAAACAUGGGUCGGUUAUAUCUAAGCUAUCUGGCCUUUCUCUUUCCAUUUACUGUCGUAAAACACAAACGUUAAUCUCGUUCAAACCCGUAAGUAGUCAACACAGUUAUGGUUUAGCCAUUAAGGCUAAAGUGCUUUAUAGAAGACGAAAAGUGGUAGCUAAAGUGUGCAGCAGUGUCAGUUGCCAUACUGUUAGCUAGCUGUUUACCUAGCUGACGAUAGUUAUGUGGUUUGAUUAGUAUCUAUUACGUGAGUCAAUUGAGUCUGUAAAUGACUUUUAAGUAGACCACGACUGUUUAAGCUGUCAACCAAAGACAAUUGAUCAAGAAGCUGUGUUAUUGACAGUAAAUAAACAAGCGACUGAACCCCCAACUUAGCAAACACUUGAAUUACUGCGUGAAGCCAAAGCGCUAAUCUGAUAAUGUCAGAGGACACCCGACAGGACAAGAGAGCCAGCUUCUCCUCUAUAACGGAGCACAACACCAACGGGAUGGCCAGGACCUCCACUGUGGCCUCAGGCAAAACAGGCGCUUCCAAGAAAUUAGUGAUCAAGAAUUUUAAAGACAGGCCAAAACUAUCAGAGAACUACACUGAGGACACAUGGCUGAAACUACGAGAUGCAGUGGGGGCCAUUCAAAACAGCACCUCUAUUAAAUACAAUCUGGAAGAGCUUUAUCAGGCAGUGGAAAACCUUUGUUCAUAUAAGGUCUCCCCGACACUGUACAAGCAGCUACGACAGGUCUGUGAAGAUCACGUGCGGGCCCAAAUCCAUCAAUUUAGGGAAGAGUCUUUGGACAACCUGUCAUUCUUAAAGCGAAUAAAUCGCUGCUGGCAGGACCAUUGCAGGCAAACAAUAAUGAUCCGAAGUAUCUUUCUCUUUCUGGAUCGUACCUAUGUGCUUCAGAACUCUCUACUCCCAUCCAUCUGGGACACUGGGCUGGAAUUGUUUCGUACUCACAUUGUGAGUGACGGUGCAGUUCAGAAACGGACAGUAGACGGCAUUUUGGAGCAGAUUGAGCUGGAGAGAAAUGGAGAGACGAUUGACCGCAGUCUGCUCAGGAGCCUGCUAGGCAUGCUGUCAGACCUGCAGGUUUACAAAGAUUCCUUUGAGGAGAGGUUUUUGAUGGAGACCAAUCGCCUGUAUGCAGCAGAAGGACAGCGGCUGAUGCAGGAGCGAGACGUGCCUGAAUACCUGCACCACGUGGCUCGCCGGUUAGAGGAGGAAAAUGAUCGUAUUGUCAGCUACCUUGACCAGAGCACUCAGAAACCACUUAUUAGCUGUGUUGAGAAACAACUUUUAGGAGAGCACAUGACCUCGAUGCUACAGAAAGGCCUGAGCACCUUGCUGGAUGAGAACCGUGUGACUGAACUAGCACUCCUCUACCAACUCUUCAGCAAGGUGAAAGGGGGACUCCCCACACUGCUGCAGUUUUGGAGGGAGUACAUCAAGUCCUUUGGUGGAGAGAUUGUAUGUACGCCAGAGAAAGACAAGGACAUGGUGCAAGACCUGCUGGAUUUUAAGGACAAGAUGGACAAUGUGGCUCAGAGCUGCUUUGCACGGAAUGAGGGCUUCAUAAACGCCAUGAAAGAAGCUUUUGAGGCCUUUAUCAACAAGAGGCCCAACAAACCCGCUGAACUUAUUGCCAAAUAUGUGGACUCUAAGCUAAGAGCAGGAAACAAGGAGGCUACAGAAGAGGAACUGGAGCGAAUCCUAGACAAGAUAAUGAUAAUCUUUCGUUUUAUACAUGGAAAAGAUGUGUUUGAAGCCUUUUAUAAGAAGGACUUGGCCAAGCGUCUGCUGGUUGGCAAGAGUGCUUCUGUUGAUGCUGAAAAGUCCAUGCUCUCAAAGCUCAAACAUGAAUGCGGAGCAGCAUUUACUAGUAAGCUCGAGGGGAUGUUCAAGGACAUGGAACUGUCCAAAGACAUCAUGAUCCAAUUCAAACAGUAUAUGCAAAACCAGAGUGAGCCAAGCAACAUAGAACUCACUGUCAACAUCCUAACGAUGGGCUACUGGCCGUCUUACACGCCUAUGGAGGUCCACUUGCCCUCAGAGAUGGUAAAACUCCAGGAGGUGUUCAAGCUGUUCUACCUGGGCAAGCACAGUGGGAGGAAGCUGCAGUGGCAGCCAACCCUGGGUCAUGCUGUAUUAAAAGCAGAGUUUAAAGAGGGUAAGAAGGAGCUGCAGGUCUCUCUGUUCCAGACGCUGGUGCUGCUGAUGUUUACUGAGGGGGAAGAUUUCAGCAUGGAGGAGAUCCGCACUGCCACUGGCAUAGAGGAGGGGGAGCUCAGAAGGACAUUGCAGUCUCUGGCCUGCGGAAAAGCACGCGUACUUAACAAGAACCCUCGAGGGAAAGACGUGGAAGAUGGAGACCGCUUCAAUUUUAAUAAUGACUUUAAACACAAACUGUUCCGUAUCAAGAUCAACCAGAUCCAAAUGAAGGAAACGGUAGAGGAGCAGGUAAGCACCACAGAGCGUGUGUUCCAAGACAGACAGUAUCAGAUUGAUGCAGCUGUGGUGCGAAUCAUGAAGAUGAGAAAGACUCUUAGUCACAACCUUCUAGUUUCCGAGCUCUACAACCAGCUGAAGUUCCCUGUCAAGCCUGGCGACCUAAAGAAACGAAUAGAAUCGCUUAUAGACAGAGACUACAUGGAGCGCGACAAGGAGACUCCUAACCAGUACCACUACGUUGCCUGAGGGCCUGCCACUGUCACUGCAAUGCUUUCCUCAUGGCAAGCGUACAGCUGGCCCUGCAAAACAGCAUCAUCGCCCCUCAGCCACCCAGCUCUCCUCCGGUGCCCGUCCAUCACUCUAUCCACAGUCCUGGAGAACAGCAUCCAGGUCACUCAGAGCUCCAGAGAGACAAAGGACUUGGCUGUUCCCACCCUGUGAACUCUUUAGCUGGACACCAAGAUGGGGCUGAAGGAGUUGUUGAUUGUUGGUUUAUGUGACUUACAAAUUUGCUAACGCAAAGCUCACCUGAAAAUAACUAGCACUUUCCUCUGUUUUUCUUUCUUCUGUUUGGGAGUGUUUUCUUUCUCAGAUAUGUUGUUUUGAAAUCUUUUAUUUUCCAUUAUAGUCGAGUUUUCCUGAUUUUUGAAAUGUUUUGUUGUUUUCCCAACUUUGUUUCUGGUCGAGACGUUCUCAUGCUGCAACCUGAUUGGUUGGAUGCUUGAUUAGAACGAAAUAGCUGUUGAGGACUAAGAGACGAAUCAACUGAGCCAGAGGGGAUAGUUCAAAUGUGUUGGGGUCAGAGGUCAGAGAGAGUUUAUUGCUUGUAACAGAGACGCUAAAUGACAUUCAGGCAAGCCACUUAGGUAUUUCUUUGGGUAUGUUGUAUGUUUUGACCAAACUGUUCAAAUGUCCAAUGUCAUGUUCUGACGUUUUUUUUGUAGAUCAGAUUGUUCUCUAUGUAAGAGUGAGAAAAGUGAACCUGAAUAAAUUGAUAUUUAAUGA